CCUUCUUUCUGUCUCGUCAUCACUGCGGAACUGAACUCUCUUCGUUACGAUUCCGUGGUGAAUAUAUUCAUAUUAUAGCUCUGUAAAUCUGUCAGAAACAGUGAAUAGAGCUCAUCUGUGGAAGUGACUUUAAAAGCCAUCACCUUUGUUUUGUGGAUCAUUUGAAGGUAAUAAUCAAACCAGUGCAGCAGCUGAAUCUGGGCACCGUAUAUAAGUAAUCGCACCUGAUGCCCAUCUGCGCUGACAGCGUCCCGCUCCAGUGACCCACGAUGAAAGCUCUGAUCCUGGUUGGUGGCUAUGGCACCAGGUUACGGCCGCUCACGCUCACUGUGCCCAAACCUCUGGUUGAGUUCUGCAACAAACCCAUCCUGCUGCAUCAGGUGGAGGCGCUGGUCAAGGCUGGAGUCCGUCAUGUGAUUUUGGCUGUGAGCUACAUGUCUGAGCUGUUGGAGCGAGAGAUGAGAGCUCAGGAGCAGAGGCUUGGAAUAAAAAUCUCCCUUUCACAUGAGAAGGAACCUCUAGGCACUGCUGGUCCUCUGGCUUUGGCGCGAGAGCUGCUGACCGAUAACGAGGAGCCUUUCUUCGUUCUCAACAGUGACGUCAUCUGCGAUUUUCCCUUCGACGACAUGCUGAGGUUCCACCAGCAGCAGGGCAGAGAGGGCACCAUUGUCGUGACAAAAGUGGAAGAGCCAUCUAAGUAUGGUGUGGUGGUGUAUGAAGGAGACACUGGACGAAUACACCGCUUUGUGGAGAAGCCGCAAGUGUUUGUCUCCAACAAAAUCAAUGCUGGGAUGUACAUCUUUAGCCCUGCCAUGCUGAGAAGAAUCCAGUUGCGGCCCACAUCCAUUGAGAAGGAAAUAUUUCCUGUGAUGGCCGAGGAGGGACACCUUUAUGCCAUGGAGCUGCAAGGUUUCUGGAUGGACAUUGGCCAGCCCAAAGACUUCCUGACAGGCAUGUGCAUGUACCUGCAGUCUGUUCGGCAGCAGGCCCCCGAGCGGCUCCGCAGCGGGCCAGGCUUCCUCGGAAACGUUCUCGUGGACCCAACGGCGGUGAUCGGUGAAAACUGUACCAUCGGGCCCAAUGUGACGAUCGGGGCCGGAGUGGUUCUGGAGGAUGGCGUGAGAGUAAAGCGCUGUACUGUCCUGAAAGGGGCGCACAUACGCUCCCACUCCUGGCUGGAGUCCUGCAUUGUGGGAUGGAGCUCUUCAGUGGGGCAGUGGGUGCGGAUGGAGAACGUUACGGUCCUGGGUGAAGACGUGAUCGUGAACGAUGAGCUCUACAUCAACGGUGCCAAUGUCCUGCCUCAUAAAUCCAUCGCAGACUCUGUUCCUGAGCCGCGGAUCAUCAUGUGAAGGACCUUCACGCCCCUCACGAAGUGCCCGAGUGUGUAACCGCUGGAGGACAGGAGAAUCGACCGCUGUGUGCUUAAUGAGCAUGAUGGGAAUAUUUGUGAGGAAUCUGAAGUAUGCAGUUACUGACUGUGGUGUUUGAAAAAGUGCUGCCGGAG